AUGAGAGUAUUGAGACAGAGGACACAGCGUAUAAAAUACGCAACUCCGAAGAAUGUAGUCAUCAAGGCGAAACCGACUGUCGCCGAGGAUCAGCUAAUUGAACGUACAACGACGAUAAACCCGUUUGAACAAAGUAGGCUUUUUGAAUUUAGUAUUUACAAUUUAGGAAAAAAAUUUUAAUUUUUCAAUAUUUUUUUAUCUAAAAGCGAAAAUUUUCUAAAAUGUGGUUUUUGUUACCUAAAAACGUUUUUUGGUCUUCUAAAGCAAUUUAAAAAAAUUAAAAUUUGUAAAUUUCAGAAGACUUUCCAAACUGGCAAUGUUAUUCCUGCGAGCUGGGAUUUCGCGAUCACCUAGACUUUUUCAGCCAUGUAAAUAAUAAGGUACGUUGUCAUUAUACCUUACCAUAUUCUACUAACCAUUACCCUACUGUGCUUUACCUUACCUUACUUUACCCUACCCUACCCUACCCUACCCUAACCUAACCUAACCUAACCUAACCUAACCUAACCUAACCUAACCUACCCUACCCUAUAAGAAAACGUACUAAUAAAACUUUUUAGCACUCGGAACUAUUGGAUCUCAAAAUAAAGUCGAGAGUCUCGGAUCCGGAGCAACCAGGGCAAGUAUUUUGCGUAACCUGUCGUGGUAGUUACGAUAGUCAUGAAGAACACGAGAAUGUGCAUUAUAGCACAAAAGUGGGCAAAGGAGCAAUGAUUGAGUGCAUAAAUUGCUACAAGACUUUUGAUAGUAAGUUUCAUACCUUAUUUUAUUGGCUAUAAAUUUUUAGGCUGAAAGUAUAGGUUUAGGGUUAUGUUUUAGGCUUAAGGAGUUGGCUUAAACAAAAUUUUUGGCUUAGAAUGUCUUAUUAUAUUAAGAAGGUAGUUAUAGACCUAAGAUACAUCUGAAACGGCAUAAAAUUCACUUUUACAUUUAAAAUGACAGUAGGCUUAAAAUGCUUUUUUAAGUUUGAAACGGUUUUUAGGCUUAAGAUUUAUUUUUUAAUUAAAAAAUUGCAAGCUUUGGGCCUUAAUUCACCUUUAGACUUAAAAUUAUUAUAAUUUUUAAAAAACCGAACUUUCGCAUCUAGCCAUGAAAGGGCGCCCAUUAGGUCCGGAAUCGGUUCGGCUACUGGCCGGCCAGGUCCGAAAAUUACUUUUCUAAUCCAAAGGCAAGCCUACAGGCCGAACUUAAAAUAUUGGACCCAACCCAUCCUUUUUACAGGUCUACUAACCUCCCCUUCAAUCAUUUUUCCACCCUAUUUUUAACUUAAUAUUCCCCGCUCCUACCCAGAAGUUGUCGUAAAAAACUGGUCGCAACCGCAUCGCCAGCGGUUUUUUCCUACUUCUUAAGCAUUUUUGCGUCGCGUAGCUUCAGAAUCCGCUGGCGCUACAGCCGCGUAUAAAUAGCAGAAUUGUCGGAAUCUUGAGCUGUUUCUCCUUUUAUUUUUUUUCGAAAAACUGCGAAAAUUCCACGUAAUCGGACCGUUUUGCUUGCGAUAAAAAACAAUAACAUAGUAUAAUCGGACCGUGGUAACUUUGCAGUAUUUUGGGAAUUGUUCGGGUACUGUUUUUAGGAGUAGGUGAAUAUAUUUUUAUUGAUAUUGAUCUUUUAGAUAAAUUUUUAUGGAUUUUUAAAAAGUAAAUGUGAAAUACGUGUGUUUUCCAUGUAAUGGGUAAAUUUUUUAGGAUUUUUUGUUGUCUUAGCCCUAGGCCUAGUUCUAGCUGUAACCCUAGUUUUAGCCCUAGCUCUGGCUUUAGCCUUAGCCCUAGCCCUGGCCCUAGCCCUAGCUUUAGCUCUGGCCUUAGCCUUAGCCCUAGCCCUGGCUCUAGCCCUAGUCCUAGACCUAGCUUUAGCCUUGGCAUUAGCCUUAGUGCUAGGUUUAGCUAUAGCUCUAGCCUUAAUCAUAAUUUAUGCGCUAGCUCCGUGUUUUGUCUUAAAAAAUUUUUUUUUGAUAAAACUAAAUUAUUUUUUAAAAAAAUCAUACUAUAAUAUUUUGAGUAUAAAAUAAUGUAACUAAAGAUAUAUAUUACCCAUAUUUCAGCGGUGGAACAGAUGAAAACCCAUCACGCGAAGGCCCACAACUUCGUUCGGCCGGCCAACUUUCAGAGUUGCUGCGUUUGCAAACGCUUGUUUAAUAAUCGAAAUGUGCGGGAUCAACAUUUCAUCACUCAUUUCCCUUCGAUCGUACAAAAAACCAUGGAGAAGGUGGACCAAAUGCAUGUUCUCAUGGGCGGUAAGGCAGAGGGCUUUAAAUAUUAAUUUAAAAAAGGGAGGGUGGAUUUUGAAUAGGGGGUGGCGGGCGUUUUAUGUUUAAUUUGACGAAGGGGCUGAUUUUUAUUGUUAAAUGGUGGUGAGGGUAGGGGGAUUUAAAGUACGAAAAAAAUUUUAAUAAAGGGUGCAAGAACUUUCUUUACAAAACAAAAAAUGGCAAGAACUUUCUUUACAAAACAAAAAAUGGCAAGAACUUUCUUUACAAAACAAAAAGUGGCAAGAACUUUCUUUACAAAGCAUAAAGUUGCAAAAACUUUCUUUACGAAACAAAAAAUGUCAACAACUUUUCUUAAAAAUGCCGCAUUUUAGCUUUAAAUUGCAAAAUUUUAAAUUAAAUCAACUUUACCGUAAAAAUUUUCAGAACUGUCAAUAGGCAACCAAUGCCCAUUGUGUGGAUUCAUAGUAAGUACACGCAAAUCCCUGAGGCAACAUGCUAUUUUCCAACAUUGUCUUCGCUCUUUCGACGACCUUCAGAAGUUCCUUGGGCCUAAGCUUGAAGGUGUCGAUAAAACUGAACUAAAGAUAGUGAAGAAAGUGAUAUCGAAUCCGGAUUUACUAUGGAAACGGUCUCGAAAUACCAUGUCGGAAUGUGACACCAGUAGGGUUAAGCAAGAACUGGUCAAGGUUAAGGCUAUGGACGAUUUGGACGCAAGUUUAAUGGCCAAGAAGGUCAAGUUGGAGCCGUGCAUGGAAGAAGAGAUCAUAUUGGAUCAGAACUUUAGAGAAAGGUAAGGAUGAGUAAUGGCAGUGUAGGGCAAGAGGCUUGGCUUUAGGCAAAUGAAAGUUACCUUAGGGCAGGUUUAGGGUAGGGUAAGGUAUGGUAAGAUAGAGUAAGGUUGGGUGGAGUAAAAAUGUUGUUAUAAUUUUGGAAUUCUCAACUUUUAUCACUUGGAAAUUUUUUAAUUUCAGUGAAAAACGCAACCAAUUACGCGCUUAUAUGUUACAAAUCGGGGUGGACCCGGAAAACCCAUCGAAAUGUCGAAUUUGUGGUGAAGAUCAAGAAGACUUGAUCUUGUUGGAAGUUCAUCUGGCUAUGAAACACAUAAAUUUGGCUAAAAAUAGAUACACAGCUACGAGUUCGGAAGACAGUGACUCUUCGUAUUCAUCUUUGUAA